AUGAGAAUUAUUCAAAUUGGCAAUCGACUUCUAUCAAUAUCGACCAUCGGACGAACCACUGUAUCAGUAGUAAAACCUCAUUUGUUUUAUUAUAUCUAUGGUCAACGUAUAUUAUCAAUCGAUUCGAAUCGAUUAGUACUGUUGUCCUUAACCGAUAUUCGUACAUUUCAUUCAUCUGUACUACUUUAUAAUGACAAAUUUGAACAAGAAAAAUCUGUAAAUUUAUUUGAAAAAGAUAAAAUUGAUAAAAAAGGUGCGAAACAAACAGAAUCAACAACAAAUGUUCCAAUUGUUCGACCAGAUGCUUCACUAAUUACUACAACGAAUGAAUCAACAAUUGCUAAACGUAAAUCUCUUUGGCAACGUUUUGUGAAUGAAUUAAAACAUUAUUAUAAUGGUACUAAAUUAUUAUUUAUUGAAACAAGAAUUGCAUUUCGUCUUCUAAGACAAGUUUUAAAUGGUCAUACAUUAUCACGACGAGAACGAAAACAAUUUACCCGUACGGUUGCUGAUUUAUUUCGACUUGUACCGUUUUCUGUAUUUAUUAUUGUACCAUUUAUGGAGUUUACAUUACCAAUAUUUUUAAAACUGUUUCCUAAUAUGUUACCUAGUACAUUUAAAGAAUCAAAUAAAGAAAAAGAAAAAUUAACAAAACAAAUAAAAGGUAAAUUAGAAGUUGCUAAAUUUUUACAAGAUACACUUGAAGCAACAGCAUUAACAACGAAAAAGAAACGUUCCGAUCAUGCAUUAGCAACACAGUUUGUCGAAUUUAUGAAAAAAAUUCGUUCAACCGGUGUUCAACCUUCAACAGAAGAAAUAAUGAAAUUCUCUUCAUUAUUCGAAAAUAAAUCAACAUUAGAUAAUCUUGAUCAUCAACAUUUAGUUGCUGUAUGUAAACUAAUUGGUAUAUCUUCUAUUGGUCCUGAUUAUUAUCUUCGUUUUAUACUUGAUUUAAGAUUACGUCAUUUAGAAGCUGAUGAUAAAUUAAUUGAAUCCGAAGGUAUUGAAAGUCUUAAUGUUGAAGAAUUACAAGCAGCAUGUCGUGAACGUGGUAUGCGUUCAUAUGGUGUUAGUAUUGAACGUUUACGUUCACAAUUACAACAAUGGUUUGAUCUUCAUCUUAACAAACGUAUACCAUCAACAAUUCUACUAUUAUCUCGUUCACUUUAUUUACCAGAAAAUAUUUCACAAGAAAAUGUUCUAAAAGCAACUAUACAAUCAUUACCAAAAGCAAUUGACACUGUAACAGCUAUUAAUUUAGCACAAGUUAGUGGAGAACGUAUUGAUAAUACACAACGUGUUGAAUAUAUUAAACAUGAAGAUGAAGCUAUUAGAAAAGAACGAGAAGAAAAAAUAAAAAUAAAAAUUUUAAAUGAUGAUAAAAUUAAAAAGAAAAAAAAUAUGGAACAAAUUAUUUUAGCAACAAAAACAUCAUUAGAUGUUCCUAAAAUAGAAAAUCUUGUUGAUAAUAAAGCAUUAAUAAUUCAUGAUCUAACAAAGAAAGAAAACAAAGAUGAACAAAAUAUUAAUGUUGGACAAUUUGAAACAGCACUUGAACAACUUGUUAAUCGAAAAGCUAAAGAAGUUCGAAAUGAAGUUGAAGAGGUUCAAGAUCUUAAAUCUGAUCUUAAAUUUUAUAAAGAAAAUAUUAAGGAAUUUGCGGCAUUAGUUUCAACAAAACAACUUCAAAAUUUAAAUGAAGCACGUUCUGCUAAAGCAUUGUCAAAACGUAUUGGUAAACUUGUUACUGAUCUUGAUCAUAUUGUUCAAACACUUGAUAAAAAGCAAGAUAAACUUAAAAAAGAUAUUAAAAUUGAAGAAGAUACAUUGAAGGAGGAAGCCUUAUUGAAAGCUGAUCAAAUUCAACAACAUAAAGAUUUCCUUACGGAAAAAAGAGAUAUGCUUGUAUCAACUCAAGAAUUUAUUAAUACAAUUCGUCAAAUACAAAAAGCCUCAAAUGAAUCUACAGAUGCUCAAAUUUGGGAUAUAAUUCAACAAUUUGAUCGUAAUCAAGAUGGUUUUAUUGACGUUGAUGAAAUAGUAAAAACACUUGAAAUUAUUGGUAAUGAAAAAAUUCAAAUUUCGAAAAAAUAUUUAAAAGAAAUAAUUAAUCUUGUACGAAAAGAACAUAUGAUUGAACAAAAAGAAAAAUUUGAAGCUAAAACCAAACAACAGUUCAUUAUGAAUUCCAUCAAUAGUAUGGAAAAAACAAAAAACAUUUAA